UUCCCUUUCCACUUCUUUAAUGAUCAUUAUGGUCCCGAGUGUCAAGGAACUUCUGAUCCGAAACGUUUCUUGUUUUGAAAAUAGAUACUUUUAUCUUUCCAUUGUUUACAUUCUUCAAGAAUGAAAACAUAUUUCUUAAAAUGAAACAGCAUCAUUCAUAGAUUAUUGAUAAGAGGAUACUCUGUUUCAUCUGCCUCAUCGAUCGUUUUGAGAAACAAUGGCUGCAGUAUUGAUCGUCGACUUUGAAAAUUGCUUCAUGAUCUUUAUGUUCCUCUGCUUCCUUUUUUUGCUCCUAUGUUACCCUCUCUUCUUCAAGAAACUAAAGAGCUCACAGGCUGGCUUUGAUUUGCCUCCAAGCCCUCCUUCUCUGCCAAUCAUUGGUCAUCUUCACUUGCUCCUCUCUACUCUAACCCACAAGUCCUUACAGAAACUCUCCUCCAAGUAUGGACCUCUCCUCCAUCUUUGCAUCUUCAAUGUCCCUGUAAUAUUUGUUUCAUCGGCUUCUGUGGCAUACGAGAUCUUCAGGACACAUGAUGUGAACAUCUCUUUUCGGGGAAACCCUCCAAUCGGUGAGUCCCUCUUGGUCGGUUCUUCUGGAUUUUUCACCGCUCCUUAUGGAGACUACUGGAAGUUCAUGAAGAAGCUAAUGGUCACGAAACUGCUCGGACCUCAGGCACUAGAGCGGUCACAACGCAUCCGUGCAGAUGAGCUAGAACGGUUUUACGUGAGUCUGUUUGAUAAGGCAAUGAAGAAAGAGAGCGUUGAGAUUAGUAAGGAAGCAAUGAAGCUCAUUAACAAUAGCAUUUGCAAGAUGAUUAUGGGGAGGAGUUGUUCUGAGGAGAAUGGUGAGGCGGAGAUAGUUAGAGACUUGGUGACGGAGUCAACUGCCUUGACAAAGAAGAUUUUCAUGGCAAACAUGUUGCACAGGCCCCUUAAGAAGCUCGGGAUCUCACUGUUCAAAAAGGAGAUAAUGAGUGUUUCCUGCAGAUUCAAUGAAGUGCUGGAGAGGAUUCUUGAGGAACACGGAGAGAAACUUGACAAAGAUCAAGAAAUGGACAUGAUGGGCGUGUUGUUGGCAGCUUACCGGGACAAAAAUGCAGAGUGUAAGAUCACUAGGAACCAAAUUAAGUCGUUGUUCGUGGAUCUUGUCGUUGCAGGCACUGACACUUCGAGACAUGCAACACAGUGGACAAUGGCAGAGAUUUUAAACAACCCUAAGGUUCUUGAGAAAUUAAGAGAAGAAAUUGAUUCCGUUGUAGGGAGAACAAGGUUGGUUCAAGAAACAGAUCUACCAAACCUUCCUUAUUUGCAAGCGAUUGUUAAGGAAGGACUAAGACUGCACCCACCAGGGCCUCUCUUUGCAAGGACAACCCGUGAAAGGUGUAUGAUCGGAGGGUUUCAUGUACAGGAGAACACACCACUAGUUGUUAAUGCUUAUGCUGUGAUGAGAGAUCCUGAAUUUUGGGAAGAGCCUAAUGAGUUUAAGCCAGAGAGGUUUCUAGGAACAGGAAAAGAAGACAAGAGAGAACACGCACUCAAGUAUAUUCCUUUUGGUAGCGGAAGGAGAGGCUGCCCUGGAGUAAAUUUAGCUUACAUUCUUGUUGGAACCGCGAUUGGGGUGAUGGUACAAUGCUUUGACUGGAAAAUCAAAGGAGAUAAGGUUAAUAUGGAAGAGUCUCGUGGAGCAUUGGUCUUGACUAUGGCUAACCCUCUUAACUGCAUUCCUGUUGCUCGAACCCCAAAACUGCAGAUUCCCUGUUCCUGACUCUGGAAAUAUCACAAAACUGAAAUGCAUCUACUUUAGUGGUCACUGAUCAGGACUGAGUAGUAUAAGAACUUAGGACUGAGUAGUGAGUGUAGCGAUGAACUAAAAUGUAGACUUCAGACUUCAAUUUUUACUUCCAAAAUUAUGAAAACAUAUCUUUUAUAAGUUUUAUUCAUGUAAUAAACAACAUUGGAGAUGAAUGAAUAACAAAGAGGAAAUGAAAGUGAGGGUUCUU